AGUACGUUCAGCUUAUGGCCUCGCCUAAACCCUAGAUAACAUGUACAACAAUGUAAACAAUACGAACGAUAAUGUUUUGCUGUUUCACGUUAUGAAUAUGGAUCAUUCAUUUUGAUUUUUUCACAUAAAUUAUCAAGACUACAAUACAUGUGAAUAGUACAUAACAAAAUAAAUAACGGUUCCCUGAAUAUCUUACAACUAGAGAUGCUCUUUCAUUGUAACCAGUUUACUCGACUUACCUAUGUUGAUAUGUUGGUGGACGAAUCCAUAAUAAGAUCAAAUUAAACUUGAAUCGGAUUAUAAAACUUUCUUGCUCGUUUGAUCCUAUUUCAUCAUGGCUAAAGUGAUGGGUAAAUUACCCAAAAAAAUACCAAUACCAGGAGUCAAUCAGGUGAUUCUCGUUUCAUCGGCCAAAGGAGGUGUUGGUAAAUCAACCGCGUCUGUUAACCUGGCUUUAGCUCUUAAACAUAUUCAAAGAUCAAGUAAAAUUGGUUUAUUAGAUGCUGAUGUUUUUGGUCCAUCGAUUCCUAAACUAAUGAAUCUUUCAGCAAACCCUGAAUUAAAUAAACAAGGAUUAAUGAUACCAUUAGUUAAUUAUGGUCUGCAUGUCAUGUCUAUGGGGUUUUUAGUUGAAGAAAAAAAGGCAAUUGUUUGGAGAGGCCUCAUGGUUAUGUCGGCUAUACAGAAAUUACUCCGUGGUGUUGCUUGGGGUCCACUAGAUUAUCUAAUUAUAGACAUGCCUCCAGGAACAGGAGACACUCAAUUAUCUAUCACGCAGAAUAUUCCAGUCUCAGGCUCAGUUGUUGUAACGACUCCUCAGGAAAUCGCCCUUUUAGACGCCCGUCGUGGUAUAACAAUGUUUAACCAAGUUGGAGUCCCAAUUCUUGGUAUUAUUCAAAAUAUGUCUAUUUUUAUCUGUGAAAAAUGUGGCCAUGGCACUCAUAUCUUUGGUGAUUCAGGAGCUGAAUCACUUUCUUUAGAAACUAAUGUACCAUUGUUGGGUUCAGUUGCUUUAGAUCGUUCUUCUGGUAAACCAAUUUUGAUAACCGAGCCAGAAUCUAAAUCAAGUCAGUCAUUCAUAGAAAUUGCUACAAACCUGAUAAAACCUGAUAAAGCGUUUACCCCCUCAUUUAAAUUGUUAAUGUCCGAGAAUAAAAACAAACACAACCACAAACCACUGAUUUCAUCGCUUUCGAGAAUAAAUUAUUAA